AUGAAUAGUGAGGAUCAGUUGAUUGCGACUAUAAUGAUGGCAAUACAGUUUUUAACGCUCAAUGAACAUGUUAUGAAUCCUUAUACGACAUCAAGCUAUUCUUCUCCACUUUAUCCAUUUCCAAUCGCUUUAAAUAAUAAUUGUGGAACAUUCUUACAACCAUCACCAACAUCUUUACAUCCAAUAUUUCCUUUUUUUCCAUCAUCCGACCGAUUUGCAGAUUUUCUUCUUGAUACACGUCAUCCACGAAAACAGCGACGAUCGCGUACAGCCUUUACUAAUGAACAAUUACAAGCUCUCGAAAGAUGUUUUGGAAAAACGCAUUAUCCUGACGUUGUGAUGAGAGAAAAAUUAGCAUUGUACACAAAUUUGCCAGAAGCAAGAGUACAGGUUUGGUUUAAAAAUCGUCGUGCCAAAUAUCGUAAAAAGCAAAAAGUUAUUGAUACAGAAAUACAGUCUCGGCAAAAAUAUCUUCAAACAACAUCCAUGAAAGAAGAAGAAAAUACUGCGGAUAGUAGUGAUAACGCAGAAAGUAGUGACGAUGAAGAUGAAGAGUGUUUAAGUUCAAAAGAAGAAAUAAUUGUUGAUUCAGAAUAUCCUACUAAUAAUCCAAUAUUAGAAAAAAACAAGCAUAAACCUGAAAAUUUAGAAGAAGCCAACGUUGAUGUUGACAAUAAAAUUGAAUUGAAAGUUGAUAAAGAUAAGAAAGGGAAAAAUUUAUCUUUGAAAAAACGUGAAAAAAUUUGUAUAAAAGAAUUUGAUGUAUAA